AUGUCUUCUUCACUUACAAUCUUCUUCUUCUUUUUUGCUUCCACAUUCCUCUACACUUCAUCAAAUUCAUUCAACAUCACUAACAUCUUAAACGAGCACGAUGAUUUCUCAAAUUUCAACCAGCUUCUCUCCGAAACUCAGCUCGCUUCUACCAUCAACAAACGUCAAACCAUAACCGUCCUUGUGGUUUCCAACGGUGCACUCUCCUCUCUCUCUGGCCAACCAACCUCCGUCAUCAAGAAAAUCCUUAGCCUUCACAUUGUUUUAGAUUACUACGACCAGAAGAAACUCAAGAAUCUGAGCAAGAAAACAGUACUCCUCACCACUCUUUUCCAAUCUAGCGGUCUAGCCAGAGGCCAACAAGGGUUCUUGAACGCAACCGUUAUGAAAAACGGAGACGUGGCGUUUGGUUCUGCGGUUCCUGGGUCUAGCCUUGAUGCUCAGCUUCAAGACACUGUAGCAGCACUACCGUUUAACAUCUCUGUGCUUCAUAUUAGUAGUGCUAUAAUGAUUGAUGUUAAAGGUGAUAAUGCACCUACUGCUUCUCCUUUGUCACCGGUAUCAUCUCCACCACGCCCUGCAGAAUCACCUAAUGAUGAUGGUCAAGAUUUUGACGAGCCACCAUCCUCUGCUCCUGGUGCUGCUGCUGAUGAACCUUCCGAAAACGCCGGCUCAGCUAAUGGAGUUUCAAGAAACGAUUCUCAGCCCGCUUUCGCGUUUACGCUGUUGAUGUCAUUCAUUUGGUGGUUCAUGGCUCGACUUCGAUGA